AUGUCGAAAAACAAGCUUUUCUACAUGAAAUUGCAAUUGUUCAUGCCCUUCGCCAUUAUCGGAAUCCUCAUGGUCCUUGACAACUACUUUUUCGCCUAUAGCGUGGUUUUUCUUCCCGUUUCGUCCUGGGCAGGUAUUUUGGUUAUGCCUGCAAGUAGUAACGAGACAGAGACUGAAUCUACCAGGAAAUAUACAAUACGAUUCUUAAUGACCUUAGCAGCAACGGUUUUGUAUGGAUUGGUAUUGUCUUUGAUGGAAUUAAUGUACCAGACGGCAAACCAAGAAAUCACCUACACUCUUGUGCUGGAGAUUCAGCUGGUGACAAGUGUGUUCGCUACUGCCUUUUGCACCAUCGACAUGCCCAUUAACAAUGAUUUUGAGGGUUAUUUCGUGGGAGGAAUAGGAAUAGUGUUUUUAUGCAUCAUCUUUACUAUAUUAGGCAUGGUGAUGGUCAUUCAAUUGCUUAUUUUGGAGAUUUUGGUAGUAAUUUUUUGGGAGAAGUUUAAAGCAGAGAAGGGUUUGUCUCUUGUUCUCUCGCUCUGA